CCAGUUAGUCGGCAUACGUCGUUUAUUUGCGUUUAUUUGGGCAACAAUAAAGAUGGCCGAUGCUCCUAACCUGCCAAUAUCGGAAAAUUUGAACACAAAAAAUGGAAAUUUUAUUUGUGGCGUAGUCGAAGGUUUCUAUGGAAGACCAUGGACGACAGAACAGCGAAAGGAAUUGUUCCAGAAGAUGAAAAAAUGGGGUAUGGACUCAUAUGUCUAUGCCCCAAAGGAUGACUACAAACACAGAGCAUAUUGGAGAGAAUUAUACACAGUAGAAGAAGCAGAACACCUCACAAGUCUAAUCACAGCUGCCCGCGAACAAAAUAUCAAGUUUUACUACGCCCUAUCACCCGGACUGGACAUCACCUACAGUAAUGUGAAGGAAAUCUUAGCUUUAAAGAGGAAAUUGGAGCAGGUCUCACAAUUUGGCUGUGAUGCAUUCGCACUGCUUUUCGAUGAUAUCGAACCAGAGAUGUCUGAAGCUGAUAAGGAGGUAUUUCAAUCGUUUGCUCACGCGCAAGUUUCCGUCACGAACGAUAUCUAUCAACACCUCGGGCAGCCGAAGUUCCUACUCUGCCCCACACAAUAUUGCGCGACGCGCGCCGUUCCCAAUGUUACAAACUCCGAGUAUCUCAACACUCUGGGGUCAAAAUUAGCGCAGGAGAUCGAGAUUAUGUGGACUGGCCCGAAGGUCAUCUCAAGGGUACUUACAAAGGAAUCCAUUCAAGAGAUAACCGAUGUUUUGCGCCGGCCGCCGGUGAUAUGGGAUAAUCUACACGCGAAUGACUACGAUCAGAAACGAGUUUUUCUUGGCCCGUACUCGGGUAGAUCUCCGGAUUUAAUUCCGAAGUUACGCGGAGUAUUAACUAAUCCGAAUUGUGAAUAUGGGGCGAAUUUUGUCGCGAUUCAUACUCUGGCGCAAUGGUCAAGAUGCAAUGUUGAUGGACAACGUGAUUUAACUUUAAAUGAUUCAGUAUCAGCAGACAUAAAACUCGAGACCGAGACUGAAGAUGGAAUGUCCGGCGAAGAUGUACCACUUACUCUUUCAGCAAACAUGUAUCAUCCGCGGCAGGCGCUUAGAAACGCAAUCACCGAAUGGCUGCCGGAGUUCUCCCGGCAUAAAAACGCCUGGGGCCCAAUUGCAAAGCCGCAGCCUGCAGUCGCGAUCGCUCCCGUCCCGAUAAUUCCGUCGAUUAACACCUGCAUGAGCCUAACUACCUCCACCACCACCACGAACACGGCGACGACUAGCGUCAUGGUUGCUACCACGCCGGUGGUCAACACCACGCAGCUGCAGGCGCUGGCUGAGGUUUGCAGCACUGUUAGCGUAUCCGCCAAUGAGAGUCUCAUCAAUCCACUUCCAGGCCCGGUGAUGAAUUCACUGGUAUCUCCGACGAAGGUGAUCUGCAACGAGGCUAUUCCCAAUCCGAUUACUCCAGCGCCGAUUCCAGUCAAGGUCAUCGCGGAGAAUGAGCUGCCACCGCCGAAUAUCACGAUUCUCAACGGUAGUAGUAAGGAUCUUGAUGGUAAGGCAGAGAAUGAUAAGACGGAUGUGAGCAAUGAGAGCAGUUUGAGUCCAUCCGAGCCGAUGGAUUGUAAUUCCACGCCGAAUAUUUCACCGGCGCAUAAUCCGAAGAACGCUGAUUCGAGUGAUGAUGUCGCAAUGAGUGAAGUUUCACUUUCGAGCGGCACAGGUAGCGCUAGUAGUAGUCUUCCAUUGAGUGACGCCAUGUUGGUUGAGAAUCCACCGCAGGAGAUCGAAAAUGAACGCAAACAAAGCGAUCAAUUGACAGUUGAAGAUCUACAACUGCUUUGUGAUUUGUUUUAUUUACCUUUUGAGCAUGGCGGACAGGGAUUGCAGAUUUUACAGGAGUUUAACUGGUUGAAAUCGAACGCACAAGUUGUUAUUAAUGCAAAUCGCGCAGCAGAAAACACUGAUUGUAAAAAUGCACCUGAAGCGCAGGAAUGGCGCAUGCGUGCUGAAAAAAUGAACGAAAUGACUGUUGGGAUUAAUAGAUUGCUGCAAAGAUUAUCAAUGUGUAACAAUCGUGAACUCCUGCAUGAUUUACAUUCGUAUGCGUGGGAUAUACGUGGAGUCAUUUCGCUGCUCAAUUCUUACAUAAAAUGGCUUGCUGGCGGCCAUUUUCCAUCCUCUAUGCCAUCAUACACGCAAGGAACUUACACAUGUACGCAUCACCAACGAGUGGAGUUUUUAUUUCUAGUAUAUUUUAGUUGUUUUUGUAGAUACUUUUCUUUUUUAUCUUCGAGCACUAGGCGUGUGUUUUGCAGAGCAUUGUUCUUUAAGUGCAUUGUGUUUUUUUUCACUCUAGGGUUCUCCAAGGGCUGGAAGGAGACUUUUAUGAGUGGUGAUCAAGAGCCGUGGGUGUUUCGAGGGGGACUUACUGCUGAUCUUCAGAGGCUUAUACCAGUGGAUUCCGGAAAUGAUCUCUUCGUUUACAAGGCUCCCGACGUGCCAUCUUGUAAAGUUUACACCGUGCGACCUUAUUUAGCCUCCGAUGAAGACAGCGUGUAUUCCAUUUGCACGCGGACGUGUAAAGAUGGCUUGGAAGAUUGUCAUCCGUAUCCGGAAAAGUACAAACAUCUGCAUGCGGAUAGGAUUGUCGGACCAUACGUGGCCUUCCAUCCGGAGUUUUGCAUCGUCGUGCAGGAUGAGUGUGAAGUUGUAGGAUAUGCAUGCGCUGCGCUGGAUUAUAAAAAAUUCCGCGUGAAGCAAGAACUUGCUUGGAUACCGGAAAUGUGCGCUAAGUAUGGUAAACUGGAAGAUGCGGAGAAUAACAGCGAAUUGUCUAAAUUCGCAAAGGAAGGCAUUGGGUACUUUCAUAAAUUUGCCGAUGAACCUACGCUUAACAAUAUUUCACAAUCCAGUUCAAUGGUUUGUAGUUUAUUGCCGUCGGUUUUGGAUCAAUCUGUGGGUAAACAACUGGUUACUUGUUUAUUGGCAGCUUUACGUGCAAACGGUUCUUUUGGUGUUCAUGUCAUCGUGAACGCAGCAGACAGCUACACACACUCGUUCUAUGGCAAGCUGGGUUUCAGCGAGAACACUUCCCAAGUGAUUCCCGGCAAGAUCGUCAUGGCGCGCUCAUUUUAAUUGAAAUGUUUUGGUGAUGGAAACGAAUAUCAUGUUUAAUUGAUUGCUACGACUGAUUAUAUACUUGCAGUUAUUUAAGCUAAACACACAUAUGUAUUUGGAUUUGAUACUUGUGUCUUCUGUGAGACCAACAAAACAAAACAAAACAGAUUCUAGUUAUGUUGAGAUACUCUUCUACGUCUUAUCUUAUACCUGUGUGAAAGAUGUGCAGCUCUUACUUUUUCAAUUCAUCGGUAGUGAAUGCAUGCGAUUAAAGUUUAAUUACAUUUGAAAAUGACAUAUUGUACUAUAUCAAAUAUAUACAUAACUUAAA